CGUGCCUCAAGUCACCUGUCCGUUCCGUCCGUUCAGUUGCGGUCGAACCGGCGAGCGGCGCGCGUGUGUGCGACAGUGUCUAGUGUCGGUGUGAGUGUGUUUGUGUCUGUGCUGUGUGUCCGGGCCAUGGCCCCUCUGCCUUGCUAGGGCCUAGGGACGCUAAGGAAUACCGACCAGGCCGUCGCUUCUCCGCCGCAGCGGCCACAGCCCUCGGGGCCCCAGAGCCCAGCUUGACCACCGGGCGACGAAGACCGAGUAAACACGAUGACGGAGAUGGUGGAGACGGGGGGCAUCCCCAUGGGGGCGACGCGGCGCCUCCAGACGCAGAAGUCGACGGUGUGGACGCGCCGCCAGCAGGCCGUGGCCGUGCGCAGGGCCUACAAGCGCUACGGCUCCAGCAAGAACCCCAACCAGAUCCUGGACGGCCUCAACAUGACCGUCCCCAAGGGCACCAUCUACGGCCUCCUGGGGGCGUCGGGGUGCGGCAAGACGACGCUGCUGAGCUGCAUCGUGGGUCGCCGGCGCCUCAACUCCGGCGAGAUCUGGGUGCUGGGCGGCCGGCCCGGCUCCAGGGGCAGUGGCGUGCCCGGGCCGCGCAUCGGCUACAUGCCGCAGGAAAUCGCGCUGUACGGCGAGUUCUCGAUCCGCGAGACCAUGAUCUACUUCGGCUGGGUGGCCGGCAUGACGACGGCCGAGGUGGAGGCGCGCCUCGAGUUCUUCAUCAACUUCCUGCAGCUGCCGCCCGCCACGAGGGCCGUCAAGAACCUGAGCGGAGGGCAGCAGCGCCGCGUGUCGCUGGCCGCCGCGCUGCUGCACGGCCCCGAGCUGCUGAUCCUGGACGAGCCCACCGUCGGCGUGGACCCCGUGCUCCGGCAGAACAUCUGGGACCAUCUGGUGGAGAUUACGCAGGGCGGCCAGUGCACUGUCAUCAUCACCACGCACUACAUCGACGAGACCAAGCAAGCUGGAAUGAUUGCUCUCAUGCGUGGUGGCAAGUUCUUGGCUGAGGAAUCUCCUGAGAUGCUGAUGCGAAUGUACCAGAGUGAUUCUCUGGAAAACGUUUUCCUCAAGCUAUCAUUGGCGCAAAUCCAGGGCAAGAGGCGUAGAUCUAUUUACCUAAAAGAAGUCACUGGGUCAGAAGAUCCUGCAGGAGAGAGCGCUCCUGAUAACAUGUCAGAAAUCAGUGGAGAGUUUGGAGACAACAUUAGUAUCAAAAGUGGGCGCUCUGAAGGACACCAAUCUGUGACUGGCCCUUCUGACCUUCCUCCGGAAGAUGAAACUCCAUUUUCCUGUAAGGACAUGUUCACUCUAUUCUCACCCCAUCGUAUGAAGGCUCUGAUUUGGAAAAAUUUUCUAUGGAUGUGGAGGAAUUUUGGGGUCAUGGCAUUUGUUAUAGGUCUACCAGUUGUGCAAAUUUGCUUGUUCUGUUUCUCAAUCGGUCGUCCCCCAAUUGGGUUGCAUCUGGCUGUUGUCAACAACGAACUAAACAAUUACACUGAUCCUUGCCACUUCAACACAAACUGUACCAUUGACAUGCUGAGUUGUCGAUAUUUAUCACAACUGCAAAAAUAUAAUGUUGUUGAGGUACCAUAUCCAAAUGAAAUGGAAGCCAAGCAUGCGGUUAAACUUGGCCAUGCUUGGGCUGCACUCUCUUUCCCAGAAAACUAUUCAACAAGUCUCUAUGACAGACUUCAACAGGGAAAAGAUGCUGAUGACUCAGUGUUAGACUUCAGCAACAUUGACAUUUGGAUGGAUGCCUCAGAUCAACAAAUCCAUCAGCUUCUGACAAGAAGCCUUCUGCUUUCAUUUGAGGACUUUGUUGCUGAUGUUUCAAGAGCAUGUGACUAUUCAGAAAAAGUGAUGAAAAUCCCUGUUAAUUUUGAGACUCCUAUCUAUGGAAGCAAAAAUCCUGACUUCACAAAUUUUGCGGCUCCUGGAAUUAUCCUUACCAUCAUUUUCUUCUUGUCAGUGGCUUUGACAUCAGGUGCUAUGCUCAUUGAAAGAAAUGAGGGAAUCCUUGAAAGAAGUUUGGUGUCAGGUAUUACUGGAACUGAAAUUCUAUUUUCUCAUGUGGUAACUCAGUUUUCUGUAAUGUCCGGUCAAACUGUCAUGGUGCUGCUGUUUGCUUUUAUCACGGUUGUUGAUGUCAAUGGAGGUCUUGGAUGGGUGGUACUCCUCACUGUCCUCACCGGUUUAUGCGGGAUGACUUUUGGAUUUGUGGUGUCGUGUUCAGUUGACAAUGAGAGAAAUGCUACAUACAUGGCCCUAGGCAGCUUCCUCCCCAUUGUAAUGCUUUGUGGUAUUAUUUGGCCGGUCGAAGGUAUGCACGCUGUUCUGAAGUUCAUUAGUUUCUUCCUUCCGUUAACAAAAUCGACUGAGUCAAUGCGAGCCAUGCUAGCAAGAGGAUGGGGUAUCACCAGUCCAACAGUGUACUUCGGUUUUGUCUCUACUUUACUGUGGAUUGCAGUAUUCCUUACUCUUAGUAUAUUAUUGAUAAAGUUCAAAAAGGGUUAAAACUUGGUGUAGUCUUGAAAAACCAUCUCUGUGAUCAUUCAAUUUUAUGCUCUAAUUAAAGUGGUGGCCUUUUUUUAACAUUAGACUUGCUUAAAUUUUUCUUUCUUGUUUUUUUUUAAAAUAACUUUUCUUUUAACUCUAAGCAACUCUUUUGUCCCUUUCCUGUAGUGAGAAGAGAAUUUUAGGAAAUGAGAUGUUCAAUGUGAUGUUUACAAGGCUGGUACCCUUCAUACUUUCCCAAAAAUCUUGAUAUCAAUGUUCUGUUUGUUUCUCUAGGCCACCCUCUUACAAAUAAGAUAUAGAUAAAAAUUAUCAUAAUUCAGGGUGUGUUUUAAACACUUCUUAAAACAGGAAUUCAUCUUUUAAAUUUAAAUUAUUAAUGUGUGCUUUAAAAAUGUGUCAAUUUGUUUGCUCUUGAAGCUGGAGCAACAAUUACAAUACAAAUUAUAGUGUCAUAUGUAGCAGUGCUGGCUUUUAUUGGGGUUUUUAUAAUGCACACAGAUCAAUUAUUGUGAUUUGUGAUUGUAAGUAAAAAUUGUAAAUAUGAUGUGGACAAAUUCCAUCGAUAUGCGAUAUGUAGAUAGUUAAAUUGUAGUCUAAAGAGAUGAUGUAAAGUUGCAAUCAUUAAUCGCCUGAAAAACAGCUCAACUAUUAUAAUAAUAAUAUUCACAGAGUAAAUGUUCUUCUGUGAGAAAUAGUAUCUAAUAGCUCUCUAGUUCCUUUUGUAAAUACUUUUUAAAAGAAUAGAAAGUAGUGAGCACCUGUAUACAGCUCAAGAAAAGUUGUUGGAAUAUUUUGUUGUAAUUUAUUUUUAGUCAUGCUCUUCUCACCUAUCCAUGGGAUGAAGACAAAAAGAUUCUUGCAAAUGCAUACCAUGUUACAUAAACAUUGUGAUGUCAUUUUGUAAACUGUUGUUUGUACCGCUUAGGAAUCAAAUAAAUACUCAAAUGUGUAGUUUAAAA